AAAAAAAGGCUCCUCUGAGCAACCACCGCAGGAGUGACGGUCGAGUCCCAAAAGCUACGACUGUACCACCAGUUCCGAAGAGACCUCGAUCUUUUCCUUGACCACUCUGUCUUGCUUGGUGGUACAUGUAGUUUCACCCAGAACGUGCAACAAUCCGGUCCAAUGGAGCAGUGGGCUUCGGGUCGAUAUCCAUUGAUUCAACUGUCUCCCUCCCACUUCGCACUGCCAAAAUUGAAGCCCCAACUGGUACCAUACCGAUAGCUAGCCAGCGUCGCUGGCUGGAAUCUUGAAAGAGGUCUCCUGGAUCCUCCGUGGCGUCCGUCGGUGAGGCAGGGUCCAGAGGAAUCCCAGCCACACGUGAGAUUGAAUCAUGGAGGAGGAGGACAGCAAAUACAGGGAUCAGCAAGGUGACCCAAAACUACUCUAACAAAUCCCAGACUCGACCGACACUCGCAGCAACCGAAAUGGCUUGCUUCGGAUGGACUUGACUUUGCACGUUCUGAGAGUUCCAACAGCAGGCCAUGUGGGCCCCCUGCGGGCCACCUGACCUCCUCCCAUCCUUCCAUCUUCCAUGAGCGGUACGGCAUCCCUAUCACGGAUCCAGGUUCGCUACUGUGGUACCGUAGCAGCUGCUCCAGUCGGGGUAUGCUGCCUUUGUGAAUCUUGGAGCUUACAUAUGGUUGCAGAUCUCACUCGGCUCCGACAUUCAGUCAGGGAUAACUGUUAAAUCUCUGUCUCUCUGGAAGUGUUUCGAACAAGAGAAAACGUGUGAACAAGGACGAGAAGCAAUGGUAAAUCGUACCGUACAAUGGUACCAAACCAGCGGGCACAAUAAUGUCUGUUAUUUUGGUCAUAAAUCACAAACGGAGUGAUCGAAAAUCGAAAACCAAAAAAGCUCUCUCUUGAAUCCGAAAAGUACCACUCUGAAGCAUCUCCCGUUGACACUGAGGUCUAGUAGAACACCAAGAUCAAGAUGAGCAACCCCAAGGCCACUACUAGGACUAGCAGAUCCAACGUGUGGGAGCAUCCCUGUGAGCUCCCGGAAGAGGAAGAAGCUCGCGAACCCAGCAUCGACAAGGGCAAGGGCCUCGGCGAAACUCAGGGGGACGAAGAAGGUUUCAACGAAGAAGAUCCACUCUUUCGGGAUGAGGACGAAGAGAAUUCUACCGUUUCCAUGGAAGGACUACAAGAAGAGAAGAAACCAAGGAACAAGGUUUUGUGGGUGGUGGGGUCGAUCCUGUUGGUGGGAACACUUGUCUUUCUUGCUGUCGUGAUCGCUUGGAUUGUGGACUUGAAAAAGGUCAAACCCAGAGUCGAAGCAGAUCCCCUCAAAUUCAUCAGUCUGGGAGAGCUGUCCGUAGACGUGACUCAACCACGCCCUGAGCUAUCUGUCGAGGUCAAGAUCAAAGAGACUGCUUUUCCAAAGUAUAGCUUCUUGGAGCCCACCGGCGCGGAUUGCAUUCUUUAUUUUUAUGAAUUGCCUUUUACUGCCACCUUUACUCCGCUGGAGAAGACUCAAGAAGACGGUGCUGGAGAUGGCAUUGCUGCGAAAAACUUCCUUUUGGAAGUCGAGUUUCCUGAUGAUCAGCACAAAAUUGGAGGUUGGGCCGAUUUUACUUGGGCCUCCCUGACUCGAAAGAGAACUUACUGGGGACCAUGGCAGUGCGAGAUGCACUUCCACGUCAAAAUGGGCGGGUGGCUCUCCUUCCACACCACCAAGAUCGAACGUGGGAGAUUGGACUUUGGAUCGGCCGAGGAAGCCCUACCACGUCCACCCAGUCUUAUUUACCAGUCGCACGGACCCACUAUGGAGUCCAGCAGCGCUUCGUUGGCUUGGAUGCAGCAAGAUGAGGACGCGAACGACCAAGCAGCAAACCUACCUUACUACUCGAUCCAUGACACUGUUGAUCCAUCCAUUCCACCAACGACAAUUGCGCCAUCCACAAUGGCACCAGUCGACAACCAAACAUCACCAGAAUUUGACUUGCACACUCCACCCGGCAACGAGGCCAUCCUUCAAGUCCCCGGGAAUGUCCCACCACAAGAUGGUUUGAUCCAGCCCGGAAUGGUAGUGGUGCGUUCACUCUCGGUGGAUCGCGUCGACUUGGGAGUUCGUCUGCCGGCUUUGCCUUCCGCUGUGUUUGAAGUGGUGUCAAAGAUCCAUGUCAAGAUUCCGCCGGUCCAGAUCGAAGUUGCCACUCCACAGAACAUCCAACAGGCUGCUGCUGGCCAGGCCAAUAGAGGUUCCCGCCAAGUUGUCCGUUUGAACGAGUUCAAUGUCACCCUGGAAGAUCAACAGGAAGAACAGUAUGCUAGCCUUCAAAUCAGUUGUGGAAAGGGAGACACAACUUGCCCAUGGUUCAACCCCCUUGUGGACACGGUGUCAACAACACUUUCCCCCGACCAUGCGCAGAAGGAUGACAAAUUGGUGCUGAAAGUUACGAUGGACGCAGACCAAUCCUUCUUGGAAACGAUGAUGGGACACGAACACAAUGUUGUGAUCUAUCGGUAUCAGUUGCCUCGUUUCGACUCUGACGGCCAAAGGCAGUUGGAACAAGGAGGUGGUCCCAUUAUGGAUUGUGUCGUUGCCAAAGAUGCAUUGUUGGGGGAUGUCUUGAGUCUAUCUGCUUGCAUCGACAUUAGACCGUCCGAUGGGAUCUAUUUCAAUGCGGACGCACAGUUCUACAGCUUUUCUGGAAUGGCUCUGGCGGAUAUUGUUUGGAAACGCGAGGGUGAUGUCUUUUCGCUGGAAACCAAUGCCAGGAUGGCAUUUGAUACUGACAACACUAACCGAGACAACUCUGAUCAGCCCAAGUUCAACAUCUCGGGUGCAGCAAUUCUGGAUUUGGAUCAAAGCAGCGUAGAUAUUCAGAUCAGCAACACAGCCGAGUGGUGGCCAUCCCGGGCACUUCUGCAGGGUAUGUGGGAAGGGGACGGCUACGACGAAUUGUUGAAAGUCUCUUUGAGCAACGCAAUAUUGGAAGUCAAGGAUGAAAGCUACGCCAAAGCCACCGGGCUUUUCACUCUGGAUCUCAUUGGUGAAACAAUGUCGCUUACGCUCAAUGACCCUCGCCUGGAAGUGGCUAUCGAUGGCCUUGUUGAGUCAGAGUACCCAGAAAGCAAGGCGGCGGCGACUUGGAAAGUCGUGUUUGAGGAUGAGGAUAUCAAUGUUGGCGAGUCUUCGCUCACCCUCACAGAAUCUGGCUACCGCGAUUUACGAGGUGUCGUUCAAUCAUCGUCCGAAGGGAGGCUGCGAACGAGUGUGCAGGGAGAAUUCGAUCGCUCUGACGUAUUUUUCGUGAAACUCCAUGAUGCUAGAAUGCAUUGGGACGAUGACAUGUUCGCAGACAUGUUGGGCAGUGUCACUUUGGACGACAAUGGUGUAUCAAUGGACCUGUCAGAAAGAACCAACGACCACUCGAUUGAUUUCUCCUUUGGGGAUGUCUACUGCGAUGGUGACUGUCUUUCUCUCCGAGGAACCACAAACGCAAGACUAAGCGGUCGUAACAUCUAUACCUGUGAUUUCGUGAUGGAUGCUGUAAACAACUCCCCCGAGUAUGAUCAAGGCACGGUCACUGCUGGAAUGAGGGGCGCUGUUGAUCAAUAUCCAUAUGCGGCCUCGGUUGAUGCUGACUGGGCUUACGAUACCGGUAGCGAUGAGGCGUACCGAGUCCGAUGGAGCGAUUUCAGCUUGGACUUUGAUGGCAGGGACAUUAUGUCCAUGAGCGGCCAGUUUCGCGUCCCCGACAACUACAAUCAGCCCAAAUCAGUUGGAGAGUUGUCAUGCUUCACUGGUCCCACCUCGGAGGUGACGCUGUUGGUUGACGGGGAUUGCGAGUGGCACAAGACAAGAGAAACCUUGACGUGCACUGUAAAGGAUCUUGGCUUCGGUGUUUCGGGGACUGAAUAUGUGGAUGCUAAAGGCGACAUGACGCUAAAUGUACCAGCCCAGAACAUGGUGCUCACAAUCAAUGAUGACUACAAAUCUCAAGACAAGAACGGUUUUGAUAUCGAAAUGUCUGGAUUGAUUAUCGGAGAUAUUGUAACAGCUGAUCUCAGGCAGCUGAAGGUCGUCUGGGAGGACGAGACAAUGAUGGAUGCAAACGGUCAAAUCACCUUGAAUGGAGAGGACAUUUCCAUGGGUAUGCAAGCCGAAGACACAGUAUCGGAUUCGGCGUUUGGGGUGGAGCGAGCUGCUCUGGAUGUACAAGUCAAUGACUACGACGAGGUUGAUUCCAUUGGGGUGAACAUGGAAAAGAUGACAGCGAAGGUCAACGGUGAAGCCUGGAUGGAUGGACGAGCGAGAUCUGCGCUUGAUAUGGUCGCCUCGACGAUAUCAUUUUCGAUGAUCAACAACACGACGAAGCUGCCAAUGGACAUAGAUCUGGUCAUAAGCUUUGACUCAGACAAGGGAGUGGACGGCCUGGCAACGCUGGUGCCUUACGUGGAAUCAGAUGGUUAUGGCUUGGCUUUCAGGAACGAAACUGAACCGUCGGGCGCUAUCACGUACGCCACGAACUUGACUCUCAUCGGCGCGGGCGCAGAAUGCAACCCAAAUGCAGAGGGGACAACUUACUAUACAAUCACACUCGAGAAUGCCCAGUCACUUACUGUUGCUGAGCUCAUUGAUGCCUUCAUUGGAGCCGACAAGGCGCUGGAGAAGGAUGCUUGUGCUCCUGUUGUUGUCACUGUAUCAGUGGUUGAAAGAGGACAGGCAGCAAGAAGGCAGCUCCAGUCGAACGCAACUUCCGGUCCUGAAACAGUGACGUUUGAGGUCAAAGCCUUGGUGGAUCCAGUGGUCUCCCCGGUAGAAGAGUUCAGCUUGUAUGGAGGAGCCGAGGGUGACGCCAGCUUCACCAAUGCGUUUCGUGAGCAUGAAAUUAUUGUGGAGAGCGGUGCAGUUGUUGUGGAAGGUGGAGAUGCUCCUGCUCAACCUGGGCCAGCAAUCUUGAUCCUCGACCCUCCAACGCCCGCUCCAAGUUCGGCAAGACAAUCUUGCUUUGUUUCGUUGGCAGUAAGCUUGGCUAUGCUGGUGUCGGCCGCUGUGGUUGCGUUGCCGUGGUGAGCUGCUCGAACGGAUAAGAAUGGGAAAGAGGAGAUUGCAUUGUGCUGGUCUACUGAUGUGAUACAUAGAUACACGAAAAUUUAAAAUGUAAAAACUGUUUGGAUUCG